CGAGAUGUUUCAAGGCCUCGGACCGAGCUGAGCUCGGAAACACGGCGCCGAUCGUGAUAACGCAGAGGGCAUUUCAGAAUCUGCCGUCAAUGACGCACCCGUCCACGCCGACGACGACUGCGCUCUCGGCGCAGGAGAAGAAGAUCCGCCGGCGCGUCCAGUGCAAGAUGAACAUGCGCUGCUACCGCGAGCGGCGCAAGCGCAAUGUAACCAGCCUCGAAGACACCAAUGCGACUCUCAACGCGCAGAUCGACGCCCUCGCCGCGCAAAAGCGGGCGCUGGAGGUGCACCGGCCUCUCUCGUUCUACGCCGAACACUCGGCGCCCAUGGCGCUGACGAUGCAGUACAAGAAUAUGAUGUCGCAGGGCGGCUUUGGCCCCACGCAGGAGGCCUUCUUCCGGUCGACCUUCUCGCCCGACUUUAUGGCCCACGGCCGGACGCUCGACAACUUUAUCAGCAUGUGGUACCGCGUCGGCCAGUUCUUUGCGCAGCCAAACCCGCUGCUCGCCAUGGCGCCGAUCCGCGCCAACAUCGUCCGCUUCGAGAUCUCGCUGCACGUUGAGAUCACGCGGCCACUGCUCGAGGCGUGCUUCGGCUACAUCCUCGAGCACGAAGACAAAGCCACGAUCGAUGUACUCGCAGGCGGCGGCUACGCAAUGGACACGAUCAUGGAGCGCAUCUUCUACUUUGACCAGCUCGACGACGGUCGCUACGUGAUCACUGGCUCGUCCUGCGGCGAUAACCGCGCCGCGGUCAUGGCGUCGCUCGUCGCCCAUGCGCGGGAAACAGCGCGCGCUAAAGGACCGGGCGUGCUCUCGAUAGCCAAUUUGCUGCAUGUUAGUUAGUUGCAGUAAUCUAUUGAGUUUGUUGAUGUACGAAAGCCUUGCGUGAACAUCC